UUUCUACAUUCGGAUACAGUUGCUACUUGCCAGUACAGCAGUACUUGCCAGGAAGGGGAAACCAGUCGGAUACUAAAACGCAGGUGUCGACUCCGGCGGAGAGUGGCGGACGUUGACCUGAAGGCUUCCUGUUAAAAUGGCGAAAAAGCUUGUCAAAUAUUCCGUGGUGGAUGCAUUUACUGAUACGGCGUUCAAAGGAAAUCCGGCGGCUGUGUGUUGGUUAGAGGAGAUAGAGAAAGAUGAUAAGUGGUUGCAGUCGGUUGCGACCGAAUUCAAUUUAUCCGAGACUUGUUACUUGACUCCAAUCGUCGACCAGGGCUCGGAGAAUCCUAGAUUCCAUCUCAGAUGGUUCACUCCUGUAGCUGAGGUUGAACUUUGUGGUCAUGCUACUUUAGCAGCCUCUCACUUCCUUUUCGAAUCAGGCUUGGUGAAAUCUAACACAGUUGAAUUCUCAACCCUUUCUGGAAUUUUGACUGCCAAAAAAGUUCCUGAAAGUAGCAACGAAAAUGGUGCAUCACAAGCCAGCUUCCUGAUUGAACUGAACUUCCCUGUUGUUCCAGUUUCAGAUUCUAAUGAUGUUGAGGUUUCAACAAUAAUUUCUGAAAUAUUGAAUGGUGUUUCCGUUGUUGAUGUAAAGAAGACAGCAUCUGAUGACAUCCUUGUGGUUCUUCCAUCGGGAAAGGAAGUUGCAGAAUUGAAGCCGCAGUUUGAUAAGAUGAGAAAAGCACCAGGCAGAGGGAUAUUAAUCACAGGACUUGCGCCUAAUGGAUCGGGGUUUGACUUUUAUAGUCGAUUCUUCUGCCCUAACUAUGGAAUUGAUGAGGAUCCUGUUACCGGAAGUGCACACUGUGCCCUAGCAGCCUAUUGGAACGAUAAGUUGGAGAAAUGUGAUUUUGCUGCAUACCAAGCAUCACCUAGAGGUGGCAUUUUAGAUAUCCAUCUAGAUAACAAGAAUCAAAGAGUACUUCUUCGAGGUAAAGCCAUCACAGUCAUGGAAGGCUCUCUUUUGGUCUGAAGAUGUAAUUUAAUCAAACGCCAUCUUGGAUCCAAGUAAACUAGCUAUUUUCUGUUUAUUGCAAUAAAUUCUAGUUCCAAGAUCUAGAUGCAUGGGAAUUAUGAAAGCAUAAUUAGUUUAGUGAACCUCUAUGUAUAAUGUAUUUGUGGGUUAUAAAUUUGGUUCCUCGGAUGCAA